AUGGCUUCCGCUGAUAAGGGUCUCGAGGAGAUCCCAGAAGGUCAAAUUGAGUCCAACUAUGACGAGACAGUUGAUUCUUUCGAUACCAUGAACCUCAAGGCUGAGCUUCUCCGAGGUGUCUAUGCCUACGGUUUCGAGCGUCCAUCCGCUAUUCAGGCUCGCGCUAUCAUGCCAGUCAUCAAGGGCCACGAUGUCAUCGCUCAAGCCCAGUCCGGAACCGGAAAAACCGCUACUUUCUCCAUCUCCGUUCUCCAAAAGCUUGACCCCAACAUCAAGCAAUGCCAGGCUCUGAUUCUCGCCCCCACCCGUGAAUUGGCCCAGCAAAUCCAGAAGGUCGUUAUCGCCAUCGGUGAUUUCAUGAACAUUGAGUGCCACGCAUGUAUCGGUGGUACCAGCGUUCGUGAUGACAUGAAGGCUCUUCAGGAAGGUCCCCAAAUCGUUGUCGGUACCCCAGGUCGUGUCCAGGACAUGAUUCAACGACGAUUCUUGAAGACCGACUCGAUGAAGAUGUUCGUUCUUGACGAGGCCGAUGAGAUGCUUUCCCGCGGUUUCACCGAGCAAAUCUACGACAUCUUCCAGCUCCUCCCUCAAUCCACCCAGGUCGUCCUUCUUUCCGCUACCAUGCCACAAGACGUCCUUGAGGUCACCACCAAGUUCAUGCGCGACCCCGUCCGUAUCUUGGUCAAGAAGGCCGAACUGACCCUCGAAGGUAUCAAGCAAUUUUACAUUGCCGUCGAGAAGGAGGAUUGGAAAUUGGACACCCUCUCCGAUUUGUAUGAGACCGUCACCAUCACCCAAGCCGUUAUCUUCUGCAACACCCGUAGGAAGGUCGACUGGCUCACGGACAAACUCACUGCCCGUGACUUCACUGUCUCCGCCAUGCACGGUGACAUGGACCAGGGUCAGCGUGACCUGAUUAUGAAGGAGUUCCGAUCCGGUUCAUCUCGUGUCUUGAUCGCCACCGAUCUUUUGGCCCGUGGUAUUGAUGUCCAGCAAGUGUCCUUGGUCAUCAACUACGAUCUUCCCGCCAACCGCGAAAACUACAUCCAUCGCAUCGGUCGUGGUGGUCGUUUCGGACGGAAGGGUGUUGCCAUCAACUUCGUUACCGCGGAGGAUGUGCGCAUGAUGAGAGAGAUUGAGCAGUUCUACAGCACUCAAAUUGAGGAGAUGCCAAUGAACGUUGCCGACCUCAUCUAA